CCGCAGUUAUUUUCUCCGCGGCCAUCGUCGUCCCAAAUUCGCUAGCAAUGGAGGAAAGUUUCAGAGUGAGGAUCGAUAAGAUAUUUGGAUCUCUUUCAUCAUCAUCCGCGUCUUCUUCAUCUCUGAGCUCUCUCUGGUGUCUCGCGGACGACGAAAUCGAUAAAAACGAACGGAGCGGAGAAAAGGGAGUUUCUGGAUCCCGAUCUUCUCAAUUUGACUCGAACAGCUUCCCAGGUACCCGAAUCCAGGAGAAUGAUCCAGAAGAUUUGAGCUUUGAUGGAGACGAAGGAAAGUCUAGUGUAUCGCAGAAACCGAACGAUUACAAUGACGAGGAGUGGGAGAUCAAAUCCUCUAUCGGGAUGGACACUACUCUUGAUUUGGAGGAAGAGGAAGACGAAAACGACAAAGUGGCUGUAGGCGACGAAUUGUACGGUUACACGAAGGAUGUGAAUGACUAUGAGACGGAGGCAGACGAGUGGGAGGUUCUUCCAGCGUCCUUGAAAGAAAGAGAGAAGGAUCCGCGUGCGAAUCUCAUCGCAGCAAAGAUUAGGCUUAAAGAAGACGCUGAAGCUGUUAACAAGUUGAAUUCUUUACAUGUCUCUGAGGUACAUCAGAAUAACAUGUCCAUGUCCACGUCUGAAAACGAGAAAGCACUUGUGGUGUCUGAGGAGGCACAUGUUGGCUCUUGUGAUGAUGCUGGGUUGAAACCGAUAUUGAAGAGGAAAGAAAACCAGGCUGAUUCUAAGAUGCAGAAGCGUGUUCGGUUUAGUUCUGACAUCAGCGACAACUCGACUGGAGGUGACAAAGAUUCUGUGAUGGAGACAAGUUCCCCCGACGAGCAGAUAGUGCAGCCAGACUAUCCAUCUGGGAUUCCAGAUUAUAUGCGAAACCCAGCAAAGUACACCAGAUAUACAUUUGAUGAAGGUGAGGUUGAUGAAGUAUCCAACCGGAAAGCAUACAUGGACUUUCUCAACAUGAUUAAGAGCCGAGAUGAGCCUCUGGUAGAUCCUUUAGUUGAGCUUCCAAGAUCAGUGGCGUUUGUACCAAAGAGAAAACCAGUGACUGAGAGCAAAGAAGAAAAAAUAGACAAGGGUUGUGAUGGAAGAAGAGGUGCAAUAGCUGUCGUAGAUAUCAUAGAAGACAGCACCGUAUCUGCCAUGGAAGAAGAUGAACCGGAAACAGCUCUAAAUGUCAUAAGAAGGCCAGGUCGUCAGUAUCGAGCCAGAGCCAAGGAAGAUCAAGAGGGAUGAAUGUUGAGAGUAUCAUUAAAUUCGCCUUGCCGGUUUUGCUUUAUAUAUUACUUGAAUUUAGCAGUCUGGCUGACAGUAAUCGAAAUUUAUAGGGACUUUUGCCUGUAUUACUUUCGAUUUAAUAAGGAAUGAUAAAGUUGCGGGAGUAGUAA